AUGUUGUUCAUUUUGACCAUAAUCGCUACGAUAUUCAUCGCUAACAAUGCCGUAAACUCGGCAGAGUGUCGUACAGUAAAGCAAGGUGCCCAUUAUACAUCAUUAAUUCCUUUCCAUGGUUUUAAAUCUGCGGAAACGAUUUCAUCACGUGUCCAAUUUACAAAUAGCUCUGCUACUUAUUUAUUUCCAUCGACAGAUCCUAAAGGUCACUUAUGUACAUCGUCAUGGAAUAAAUUAUGGGGCGCUUGUCGAUGUGGUUAUUUAACAAGUAAUCAUAAAGAUUCCGAUCGAUUUGUGUUUCGUCGUGUUGGAAGUUGUCUUCGUUAUGAGGCCGGACAUGUCGUUGGUGAAAAUGAUAAUUGUGCUGAUGCAAAUUUAAUCGAAAUAGCUGCCUAUGCUUAUGAUAAUAGUCUUAAACCAUUUGAAAAUCAGGGUACAUUAUUGAAAGAAUUUUCAACUCGUUUACUAGUUGAUUCAUGGUAUAAAGUAACACUUAUCUUUCAAGCAACAAAAACCAUCUAUCAAUUGUUUGAUGCUAACGAACAACUUCUUGAAACGCAAGAGAUUGCUCAUCGUCAAUGUGCAGACUUUAAACUUGGUAUGAUGCAAGAUUUAUAUUUCGGCGGUCAAUGCCCUGCACCACAAGCUGUUUCUGUCUGUUAUGAAAAAGCAUAA